CUCUUUCCAUGGAUGGCUACGAAGCAUUGAGAUUGGCCAGCUGUGAAGUUAUCAUAUGCCCAAAAUUGGUGUUAAAACUGACGUUACAAUAGCUGUUCUUUCGAAUUCUUAUAUUACAACUCUUUUCCUUCCCAUCCUUUGCGUUGGCCGCCUCAAUUUCACCAUUUCCCUGGUCGUCUUUUGUCGUCCAUGCUUACAUCCUCCCAUCCUCGCACCGCCGCCGGCGUACUCUUCGAGAAUGGCGGCCCGUUGUUUAAAGCCGUUCCACCUCCUGGAAAUAAGCAUCAUCUCAGCCCAAGACUUGAAACCCGUGUCCAAGAAGAUGAGGACUUACGCCACCGCCUGGGUCCACCCCAAGCGGAAGCUCGCCACCGCCGUCGACGCCCACGGCGGCAAUAACCCCUCCUGGAACGACAAGUUCGUCUUCCGGGUCGACGACGACUUCCUCCGCCGCGACUCCACCGCCGUGACGGUCGAGAUCUACGCCGUCCACUGGCUCCGCGACACCCUAGUGGGUUCCCUCCGCCUCCUUGUCGGUAACUUUUUUAACUCCGGCGUUCGGUUCGCCGCCCUCCAGGUACGCCGCCGGUCCGGGCGGCCCCAGGGCAUUCUCAACGUUGGCGUGGUGGUUCUCGACGGCUCCAUGCGAAGCAUGCCUUUAAGCAGCCAACUCGGCGCUAAUUCAGGUAACGAUCAGACGAAUCCAAAGCCGAUAUUGAGCCGAUCGCGAAGCGAACGGAAGGUGGCUCAUGGUAAAGAGAAUGCCAAAGCUGAUCGGAAGAAUGAAAAACAGAAGGUUGAAGAGAAGAACAAUAAUGGGUCGAAGCUGAAUGCGUUUGAUUUUAGAGGUCCGAAAGGAUCGUCCAUGGUGAACGGGAAGUACAUUUAUGGGCGUCAAAAGAAAGCUCAAUGUUUCUUGACAGACUCCGAUGUGGGUCCAUCGCCUUCGGAGGUGGCGGCGGCAAUCGCGAAGGAGAGGGAGAUGCGUCCGUUGGAUGACAAGGAGAGCUCGGCGUUGGGCGGGUGGAGCUUGGAUGGGACAGUGGAAGGGCUGCGAUCGAGGCUCGAGAGGUGGCGGAUGGAGCUCCCGCCGCAGCACAAUCGGGGAGGGUUCGGCGGUCGUGGUAGUAGUGGCCGGUCGUCGAGCCACCAUCACGUCCGGCAAGGCGCCGCCAUGAACGGUGGUCGAGUGGGGUUGUUCUCAUGUUUCGGCAAGAUUUGCUGCUUUGAGUGCGAAUGUGUUUGUGGGAAGCCGUCCCCAACUCAAGGAAGGAGCCUUAGACUUAGUAGCGACCAUCGAACUUCAAGAAAAGUCAACUAAUGCCCAACAACCAACCCUUUCUUCAUAUUUUGAUAUUAUAAUUAUAUUAUUAUUUUUAAAUUUAAUUGUUCAUGAAAUACU